AUGGGUGUUUCUCCCUCAUGCAAUUUACAGGGACAGUUUCAUCUAAAUGGGAUGCACAAAACUGGGGAUGUGGUACUAGGUGGCCUGUUUGAAGUCCAUUUUUUCUCUGUGUUUCCUGAUUUGUCAUUUACAUCUCAACCUCAACAGCUCACCUGCCAUGGGUUUGAUGUUCUAGGAUUCAGGCAGGCCCAGACUAUGGCCUUUGCUAUUGAUGAGAUCAACAGAAACUACGACCUGCUGCCUAACGUGACUCUGGGAUAUAGUCUGUAUGAUAACUGCGUUGAACUAGGAGUGGCAUUUCGUGCUGCAUUAUCAUUAGUCAGCGGUCAAGAGAAGCAGUUUGUGUUAGAUGACACAUGUGUGGGAAUCCCUCCAGUCCUGGGGAUAGUGGGUGAUUCUUCCUCCACAAAUUCUAUUGCCAUCUCCAAUGUUUUAGGUUUGUACAGAGUGCCUAUGGUGAGUUAUUUUGCAACAUGUUCCUGUUUGAGUGACCGACAAAUGUUUCCAUCCUUCUUUAGGACGAUUCCAAGUGAUGCUUUCCAGGUCCGUGCAAUGCUUCAGAUUCUUAAACACUUCAGCUGGACGUGGGCAGGUCUGCUGGUCAGUGAUGAUGACUAUGGACUCCAUGCUGCCCGGUCUUUCCAAGUGGAUCUGGCUGAGACUGGUGCAGGUUGUCUGGCCUAUUUAGAAGUUUUGCCCAAGUCCAACAACCCAGCUGAAUUCAGGAGGAUUGUGAAUGUUAUGAGAAAAUCAACAGCUCGUGUGGUCAUUGUAUUUGCACAGGAGAGCCGUGUGAUUCAUCUUAUGGAAGAGGUGAUAAGGCAGAAUGUGACUGGUCUUCAGUGGAUGGCCAGUGAAGCCUGGACAGCAGCUACUGUGCUCCAGACUCCCCGCCUUAUGCCAUAUCUGGGUGGGACCCUGUGCAUUUCCAUCCGCCGAGGUGAACUGCCAGGACUAAGUGACUUCUUGUUACAGACAAGUCCUGCCCAGGACUUCAACACCAGCUAUGGAAAUAAUAUGGUGAGGCAAUUUUGGGAACACACAUUUCAGUGUAAGUUUGCACCACCUCCAGUAGGUUGGGUAGAAACUGGAGGAACACUGUGCACUGGAAAAGAAGAUCUAGUGAAAGUGGAAACAGAAUUUUUUGAUCUGUCUAACUUAAGGGCAGAGUAUAAUGUGUACAAGGCAGUGUAUGCUCUGGCAUAUGCCCUCAAUAACAUGUUGCGCUGUGAACCAGGUAACGGACCUUUCAGAGGGAACAGCUGUGCCAGCUUACAAAGACUGGAACCAUGGCAGCUUGUACAUUAUUUACAAAAGGUGAACUUCACCACUUCAUUUGGUGAUCAGGUAUCAUUUGACAAGAAUGGCGAUGCCCUACCAAUCUAUGACAUCAUGAACUGGUUGUGGCUUCCUGAUGGACGGACAAAGGUUCAGACUGUGGGAGAAGUGAAGAAAUCAGCCUUCAAAGGGGAAGAACUCAGACUUGAUGAAGACAAAAUCUUUUGGAACUUUGAAUCCAAAAAGCCUCCCCGCUCAGUGUGCAGUGAGAAAUGCCCUCCAGGUACUCGCAGGGCCAGAAGAAAAGGGGAACCAGAGUGUUGCUUUGAUUGUAUUCUUUGCUCUGAGGGACAGUUUAGCAAUGAGACCGACUCCAUGGAGUGCACCAGUUGUCCAGAGGAUUUCUGGUCCAGUCCUCAGCGUGACCACUGUGUUCCUAAGAAAACUGAGUUCCUCUCCUACCAUGAGCCUCUGGGUAUCUGCUUGACCACUGCAUCAUUACUGGGUAAAUUUAUAUGUGCUGCAGUCCUGGGAAUUUUCAUUUAUCAUCGCAAAACACCAAUAGUAAGUUACUCAGCAAGUUGCCCUUGUCUCAGUGACAGGCACAAGUUUCCCAUUUUUUUCAGAACGACCCCAAGCGAUGUUUACCAAGUCUUGGAAGAGGAAAUUCAAGGAAAGCAGUUUCUGGCCAGUGAGGCCUGGAGCACCAGUGAUGAACUCCUUGAAAAUCUUGCUCUCACUAAUUUGGCAAAUGGUGUUGUUGGUGUGGCCAUUAGAAGUUCAGCAAUGCCUGGAUUCGGAAAUUAUGUCCGAAAAUUAAACCCAUAUGAUCGUCCUGAUGAUGUGUUGAUAAGGGAAUACUGGGAAGAACAGUUUGGAUGCAGUCCUGGAACAACACAAUUGCAUGGAUCACCUCUGUCCUCUAAUUCCUCUACUUUACCAAGUGGAACAGAGUCUCUGGAGGAGGUGCACAAUCACUUUACUGACAUGUCUCAGCUGAGGUGGACAUAUAAUGUGUAUCUUGCUGUUUAUGCAGCAGCUCACGCCCUUCACAGCCUUCUCUCCUGCCCAAACAGAGACAGUCCGACAAACAACAGCUCCACCUGCUCCUUUGCAAAACACAUCAAACCCAGAGAGAAAACCCCUGAGGGUUCACUUAAACUGGUGUUGGUUGGUCAUGUGGAUGAAUCUAAAGUCCAGCUAAGUGAGUCAGCUAUUCAGUGGAACACAGGAUCUAAUGAGGUUCCUGUCUCAGUGUGCAGUAAGAGCUGUCCCCCAGGUACCCGAAAAGCCAACAGGAAAGGAGAACCUGUUUGCUGCUUUGACUGUAUUCCAUGUGGAGAAGGAGAAAUUAGUAAUAUAACAGGUUCCCUCCACUGUGAACACUGUCCAUCUGAGUUUUGGCCCAAUGCUGCCAGAACUGUCUGUAUACGUCGGCAGAUAGACUUCCUGUCUUUUAAUGAAAAACUGGGCAUUACUCUGACUACAGUAGCUGUGUCUGGUGUCAUAGUGACAACAGCUGUGUUUGUGGUUUUUCUUUACUACCGUCAAACGCCUAUGGUUCGAGCCAACAACUCAGAGCUGAGUUUCCUUCUUCUUCUGUCGCUGAAGCUCUGCUUCCUGUGUUCUCUGGUGUUCAUUGGUCGUCCAUCAGUCUGGUCUUGUCGGUUCCAGCAGGCAGCCUUUGGGAUCAGCUUUGUACUUUCUGUUUCCUGUCUUCUGGUGAAGACCAUGGUGGUUCUGGCAGCUUUCCGCUCAGCUCGUCCUGGUGCUGCAGCUUUGAUGAAGUGGUUUGGUCCAGGUCUACAGAGAGGAAGUGUCUGCCUGUUCACCAGUGUACAGAUCAUCAUCUGCAUCAUAUGGUUGUCUCUCAGUCCACCAGUACCUCACCGUGACUUGGGUAUCCAAGGGUCAAAGGUCACUUUGAAGUGUGCCAUGGCCUCUGUGGUGGGCUUCUCUCUGGUUCUGGGCUACAUCGGUCUGCUGGCCUGCUCCUGCCUCCUCUUGGCUUUUCUUGCCAGGAAACUCCCUGACAACUUCAAUGAGGCCAAACUGAUCACUUUCAGCAUGCUGAUAUUUUGUGCUGUUUGGGUGGCCUUUGUCCCUGCUUAUGUUAGCUCUCCUGGGAAAUAUGUGGUUGCUGUUGAGGUUUUUGCCAUCCUGGCCUCUAGUUAUGGUUUACUGUUCUGUAUCUUUGCCCCAAAAUGCUUCAUUAUUCUAUUCAGACCUGAGAAAAACACUAAGAAACACCUGAUGGCCAGAUAA